AUGCAGAGUGCAGUGUCCGAGUCACGGCUUGCAGAAGAGCGUGAGCGGGCGCCGAUCUCCACCGUCAUGUCAGUCGAGGAGUUUACCCAGGCAGAAACGAACGGUGAUGGGGUGGUCCCUGCAGAGGAGUUUGCGGCCUCGGCUCAUCCCCACACCUCCGAGGCGCAGCCUGAAGAGGUGGCAGCUUCCUUUGAGGCUAUCGACAGCAGCCACGAUGACAUCCUGUUGAAGGAGGAAUACGAGGCCCGCCUGAUCAAUGCCGCUGAGGAAAUGUUGGAGAGAUUCUCCCGAACGGCUCCUGAAGAAGAGGCUGAAGAGGGGCCGAGAACGCCCGCCAAGCGAGGGCGGUCUCAGCUCGAUCAAGAUACCCCGACGGUGCACAAGAAGCGUCGUAGCUCCAAGCGCAGCCGAAAAGGCAGAUCUGUCCGCGACGGAAAAAGCAGCAGCAGCAGCAGUGUGAGCAGCGAAUCCGAGGCUUUGCCGGAGGAUCUUGCCACAGUGCUGCAGGAUGCCUUGUGUGCGGCUCAGGUGCCGGCUGCAUCCACUAGCCAUGCAAAGGGCAUCCAGCCACAGGAGGAGCUUCGAUAUCAGGAUUUCCUGAGUCGGGCAAGGCCCCCCAAGACUCCGCGGGACAUCAUCUCCGGCGGCGGCGGAGAGAGGCUGCCUGACUGGAUGCUGCAGUUCGCCAGGCUGGAGUCCGCCGAGAUGGCUGCGGAGGCGGCAGAGGCAAAGCAGGAGCGCCGUCGGCAGCGACAGCAGCGACGCAUGCAACGGGAGGCGUCAUGA